AUGGGAAUUUCAAAGAUUAGAAAGAUGACAGUAUCAUACAACUUGGAUGUUUCUUCCACGUCACUGAUAGCCUUUCUAAAACUGCAACUCAGAUGGCGUGGAUCUGUAUGGAAGUCUGUAAUGCGGGAGCUACUCAUAUUUUCCCUUCUAUUUGCCAUUGUCACAUCUAUCUAUAGGACUAAUUACUUUUUAUCAGAGGAGCAAAGAUUCACUGCUCUUCUAAUCGCCACCUAUAUCCGAGGAAACGACGAGAAGAGUCGUAUCUUGAGACGAACAACUCUCCGAUACAUGGUGCUGACACAAGUGAUAAUUUUUCGAGAUAUCAGUAUGAGAGUUCGAAGGAGGUUCCCAACAUUGGAGACAGUAGUGGCUGCAGGAUUUAUGUUAGAAAGUGAACGAGAGAAAUAUGUGGAAUUGAAUCUGAAGUACAAUAAAUAUUUCCUCCCGAUCCAAUGGUGUUACUCGUUGCUCUACGAGGCACGGGCUCAGGGAAAAAUCGGAGCAGAUGUGAUGUUGAAUGAGUUGAUCAAAAGUGUUGGAGACUUCAGAAGAGGAUUAGGACAGUUGUGUAAUUUUGAUUGGGUUCCUAUUCCUUUGGUGUAUCCCCAGACAGGACUCGCCAUAGUGGAUGACUGCUACAAUGACUCUCCACCUAUUCAGAAAGACAUUUUCUGGAGUGCUGAAACUGUGGAACCCCUGUAUUCAGCAGACACUGCCAACCUGCAUAUGAAUCCACAGAUAGGAUCGGCAGCUGCUUAUGAACCCCAAGAAAACGAAAUUAUCAUGCGUCCUCACAUAGAUACCAAUGACGAUUUUGAAGAUGGAUGCGACGACGUAGAAGAAUGUAAUCCCCGCCGGCUGCCACGGGGCAUCUCCGUGGUGUCUGUGAAUCGAAAUUGUGAGAGUAGGACGAGUUUAGUUAGUCGUCGAAAUCCAGGACCAACGAUAAUGGAACGAUUGAGAAGUCAAUUUGGAGGAUCUAAAGUUAAUAGACCUGGAAAGCUCUUCGGAAGUUCGCAGUUUUCGAUCAACACUGCGAUAGGAGAUAACGACAUCGGAAGCUGCGCAAGUAUCCUAGGUGAGCUAGCCGACGACGCCAACAAAGCAUCACAAGGACUUCUGACGCCAGAAGAGUUCACCGGAUCGCCACGUCGAACUCCGAUCGAUGUGUUGACGUCGGUGCCAGAAGAAGAUGAAGAGGCCCAGAAGACCCGAACGUCGGUAGACUUGAGAAAAUGGAAGGAGAUGGUUGAUAAUGAGAAGAAACGGAAAGAGGAAGAAGAUGAAAAGAAGAGGAAGCUGUCGAGGAAAGAGGAAGAGAAGGAGGAAGAAAACAGAACCUUCAGAAAAGUUAUGUGUCUGCACCCACCAGAGCCCAGCCGAAUCUUUACCAUCACUCGACCGCAUCUCGUUGUGCAACCAUCUAACCCAUCAGUUGUGCAACUAUCUAACCCAUCAGUUGUGCAACCAUCUAACCCACCCAACGAAACAAUGGUCCCAAGAAGCGAUAGUUGUUUCCAAGAAUACGGCUGCGUUUGUACUUUAUAUCUGCUCUUCAUCGUCGUUGUUCUCAAAUGUGGCUAUCUGAAUGUUCGUCGAUAA